AUGUCUUUUCUUUUUGAUGGCCUUCAAAUAUUUACUCCUUAUUUUAAUGAUGAUGACUCUGAGAAAGAUGAAACCUUUCUUAAUGUAUCCUUUCUUGAUGGAUCUACAAAAUCUAUGAGAAUUUCAAAGAAAGCAACAGGUGGAAAGGUUUGUCGACGUGUCUUAGAAUACUUGAAUAUCAUUGAUACAGAAUUUUUUGGUUUGAUGGUAAAAAGUAGGAGUAGGAAAUUGGAAGAGAACAGUUCAAAAGAUGUAGAAAUUUAUGAUUAUAAAAAUUGGGAAUGGAUAAAUGAGAAAAAGAAAGUUUAUCAGAUGAUUCCAAAGAAUGCUCAUGGUCUUUGUGUUUUACUUCGGGUAAAGUUUUUUCCUAUCAACCCAUCAAAAGUGGCUGAUUGUUUUAGUAGGAGAUUAAUAUUUUUGGAUAUUAAAGAAAAAAUGAAAAGUGGUGUUUGGAGUUUUGAUGAAUAUUCAAAAUCUGACACCAUAGAAAUUGUCUUUCUUGCAGUUAAAGCUUUUGAUCCAACCCCAAUAAGUUGCAACAAUACACAACAGUUUGUAAAAGUAGCUAAAGAAUAUGGAGAUUUACUAAUGAUAAAGAAGGGAAUUUCAUUUGAUGACGUUUUGAGAGAGAGUAUUCGUAUUGAGACUUCUUUUGAAAAAUUGUCUAGAUAUUAUGAGAAUUCUCCUGUUCGCCUUUUUAGUAACAUUAAUAAAGAUACUUAUGUUUUGGAAUUUUUAAAAAAAGUUAAGGAUACUAAUGACUACGGGAGUUUUGUUUUUAAUGAAAUGAAAAACAAAUAUGACACUACAAGGAAAAUUAUUAUUAAUCCCCUUGGUAUUUAUGUUAUUAAUGGUGGUGAAGAGAAUCAAAUUUUCAAAGGAUGGAGUAGUGUUAAAAGUAUUACUAAAAAGGGGAGAGAUGUAAAAAUUAGUUUUAUUAAAGAUAUGGAUGGUUGUGAAAAAGUUUCUUCAAUCAAUUUUUGUAAGAAACUUGUUGAUGCAAAGAAUUUUUAUACUAUUGCCUCUGGAUACCACAAACAUACAAAUGAUUGUUUACAGAAGAUUGUUGCUGAGGAGGAGAGAAUGAGGACAAGCCUGAAGUCGCGACAUGCAAGUAUGGAUUCUGAUAUCUCGAAUGCUUCCAAUUUUUCAACUCCAUCUUCAAUAAAGAAUAGUGCUAGAAAUUCGAUUGUUGAAAGAUUUUCAUCAAUUCGAAAACGUUUUAGUUCUAAUACUGCAAGUUUGUCAAUGAAGUUACGUGGUUCACCACUCAGCAGUUUGUCCUCCAGAAAUUUUAAUGGUGCUAAUGAUUCGGGAGUUUUUAAUGACUCUGUUAUAACGACCACAGCUUCAAAUUCUGUAAAUUUGAAUAAUUCGAUUUUUGAAACCCCUUCUAGAAAGAAAUUACUUUCCAAUAUUAGUUAA